UACUCUGCUUGUGGGGGGCGCUCCGGGCUCAGAUACCGAUCAGCGGUUGUGUCUGACAGGACAGCCGAGCCCGAACGCACCGCUCGGGGGGGAUGCUCCGUUACGCACCGACGCCUCUGGUGGUUGUGUUUACGCAGGCGACUUCUGAGUGACCCGGUUCAAAACAAGAUGUCUUCACCCUCCACGGAGUAGGUGAGUGUUCAGAGGCAGCUGAAGUUUGGAAAGUGGACGUGUUGCGGUGCAGGACGAGGCCGGAGUGCGGGACACGAACCGGAGCUCCGCGCGUCUGGAGAGGAGCGGGCGCGCAGGAUGAGACGCGGGGAAGAGGAGCACGACUCGGACAUCACAUCACCGUCUUCGUGAUUCACAGUUUCCCACCAUGGAGGAGAAGUUCAACCGACUCAUCUUCAUCCCCAUCGCGGCGGUGCUCUUCCUCAUGAUCGGGUACCAGUACGUGUGCCCGGCGGACUCCAACACCUGCUACUUCAGGAGCGAGGACCAGGGGCUGUUCCAGCGCUACUCGUCCGGGUUCGAGUUAGUUUACCCGGAGCUGGAGGCGGACGAGGACCUGCCCUCGAAAAUCACCGCCAGAUUCAACUUCACGGAGCGAGACCUGGACCGACACGUCGACUUCAACAUCCGAGGAGACGACGUGAUGGUGUUCCUCCACAUCCAGAAGACCGGCGGCACCACGUUCGGGCGGCACCUGGUGAAGAACAUCCAGCUGGAGCAGCCCUGCGACUGCAUGCCCGGCCAGAGGAAGUGCACCUGCCACCGGCCCGGGAAGGCCGAGUCGUGGCUCUUCUCCCGGUUCUCCACCGGCUGGAGCUGCGGGCUGCACGCAGACUGGACCGAGCUGACGAGCUGUGUCCCGGUGGUGAUGAACAAGAGGGACAAGAAGAGCGCUCAGAGGAGGAAGAGGAAUUUCUACUACAUCACCAUGCUACGUGACCCCGUGUCCCGCUACCUCAGUGAGUGGAAGCACGUGCAGCGUGGGGCCACUUGGAAAACAGCUCUCCACAUGUGUGAUGGCCACGCGCCCACUCAGGAGGAGCUCCCCGCGUGCUACAAUGGCGACGACUGGACCGGCGUGCCUCUGGCAGACUUCAUGAACUGCCCGUCUAACCUCGCCAACAACCGCCAGGUCCGCAUGCUGGCCGACCUCAGCCUGGUGGGCUGCUACAACAUGUCCUCCAUGAGCGAGCUGGAGCGAGGCCACGUGCUGCUCGCCAGCGCCAAGGCCAACCUGCGCAACAUGGCUUUCUAUGGCCUGACGGAGUUCCAGCGCAAGACGCAGUACCUCUUCGAGCGGACGUUUGGCCUGCGCUUCAUCCGGGCCUUCACGCAGAUCAACAGCACGCGCGCGGCCAGCGUGGGAAUCAGUGAGAAGGUGCGUUGGCGCAUCGAGGGGCUGAACGCCCUCGACAUGGAGCUGUACGAGUACGCCAAGGAGCUGUUCCUGCGGCGCUACCAGUACAACCGCCAGAGGCAGCACCAGGAGGAGCGGCUGAGGAGGAGGCAGGAGAGGCAGCACAGGCAGAAGCUGCACAGGACUUAUCUGGCUGAGCUCUGGAGACUAGGAGGAGGAGGAGGAGGAGAGGAGGAAGACGAGGAGCAGGACGUGGUGAAGGUGCUUGAAAAUGCGGCCACCACAGAGGAUUACAGCAGCCAGGUGGUGCAGUGGUGAGGAGAACACAGAACUAAAACCACAGAGGCGCUGACUGGUCGCUGUCUGAUUCAUCGUGCUCCUCCCUCCGUCUCCUUGUCUCACCUCUGCUGUAAAUCUGCCAAACCUCCUGCUCUCAUGACGCUUUGUUGGACUGCCCAAUGGUGUCUUAAUAUUUAUGAUGGAUGUAUUUGUCAUGGCAACAUAAACAUUUUGUAUUUGGUUUCUUUGUUCUGGCAGUGCAGUUGUGAAAUGUAUUUAUUUAUUUGUUAGCCAGUGCUUUGAAUGUUCUCAAAGCAGCGAGAAUGUUUCCUAAAUUUCGCUAAGAAAUAACUGAAAAAAAUAAGGUGUCUCAUGACGAAGGGCAGAUUUAGUAUCUUAUCAAAAUGGCGAAGGACUCUUUGGAUGAUCUGUGUCAUGUCUGUGAUCUAGCGCCGUGUCGAGCAGUGGAAUCUUGUAGUUGCUCUGUGGUGUUUGGCUUCAUAAGAAUAUCAAAGCACAAACUUGGCGCUAUAGUCUGCGCUGUGUUUUUCUUUCUGACUGACGAAGCUGCAGAAACAAUCAAGGCGUCGAUUUCUUGCAGGAAAUGUGUUGUAAAAAUAAAAAACAUGCAGUAUCCAGUGAUGUAAAUUUGUCCCUGACCGCCUCUGUGGUACGCAAGUGUACAUGCACAUGUUCUUGCUUUGCUCCUUUUUUCACAGCAUGUUCUCACCAUAAAAAUCUGAAAUCCUCA